AUGGUCCGGCCCAAGGAUCCAGCAAGAACCCGGCGUACCGUACGCAUAUUUACUUUCUGGAGUAUUACUUCGUCUGUAGCGAUAGCGCUGGGAUCGGUAUAUUACUUUUUCGGAAUGCAAGAAAAGGCCGACGCCCAACAAUUGCAUCUCCUCCCGCAGCUGUUUGGCUAUGCAAGCGCCUUGCUCUAUUGUUGCAGUCGUAUUCCCCAGAUCAUGCAAAACUUUAGGAACGAGAGCGUCGAGGGGUUGAGCUUAUGGCUGUUUGUGUUUAGCGUUGCAGGCAAUGUGACCUAUUGUGUGUCCAUCUUUCUCAAGUCGCUGGAUCGCACGUAUCUGCUAACAAACUUCCCUUGGAUUCUGGGCGCUGGUGGUACUCUCUUCUUCGACUUCACGGUAAGCUUUUCUUUUUUGACCUUGUGUUAG